GACACUGGCACUGACUGGCUAUUAGACUGCUGACUGACUGCUGCUGACUGCUGACUGCUGCUGACUGCUGACUGCUGCUGACUGCUGCUGACUGCUGACCCUCCCGCUGUGCAUGCUCUCGCACUUCCAUGCUGCCAAAAAGGCCCUCUCUCGCGGCACACUCAGCUGCCAUAAAGCAGACCAACUCACAAAAGACACGGAGGCAAACCUACAAAAUGCCAUACACCUCCAACAGCACAUCACACACCUCCGUGAAGCACUUCAUGCACAAAUCCAUACACUCAGCUUACUAGCCCAUACGUUUCGUGGCGAAGCACGGGCCGGUCAGACCCUAUUUGAUGGAACGCUCAGGGAGCUAGAUGGCUUGGAUGGACAACUCAAUACGGCGCUUGCCAUGCUGAAACGAGCACGACUACCGCGUGUUUUAGUACAGCCUAGCGCUCAACAGCUCGAGAGUGUGAGUAGUGGCAGCUCACUAGAAACAGGCAACAGUGCCAUCACGCGCUCCAAGACCUUGUUUGAUUUCGCUGAUGAUCAAGGAAUUGAGCAGCUCAAGGGCGGUCUGCGUCAAGCAGUGGAUGACUUGCAAGAAAGUCAAGAACAGCUCGCAUCACUCUACGCAACAUUCGAUGGACACGUCCGUGCAUUGGACAAAACACUCGCUCUGCUACCAACAGACCCAAUCCUCCUGUUGCCUCAAAUUUCACAAUCGCACAGACAGGGCGAUGCCUUAUCGCUCUCAGCUACGGCCGAGACGUGUCGUGCACAACAGGCAGAACACCUCGUUUCACUAGCAGAACUGUUAUUGUCGCUCUCGCAGCACUACGAUCACACUCAGACACUCUCAACCUCAAGCGCAGCCCUCCCUCAAGAUGCACGAGCAGAACUACGUGAGGUAGUGGAGGAAGAUGCAGUACAACUUGAGGAUGUCCUUGCAGAGAUGGAUGAGCGCGUGGUGGACCUCGAGGAAGACUUGACCUUUGUCACGAACCAUGUCGCCGCACUCCAGCAAGUGACGCAGCAGCUGGAAGAGGCAUUCAGUGUUUUUGAAGCACUUGAUAUCGAUACGCCUGUGCAUACACUAGACGACAUCAGAGCAACACGGACGACACGCGAAAUGACACUCGAUAUGCGACGCGAGCAGCUCCUUGGCCUUGCUGAGCAAUUCACGCAAUUCAGCAGAUCCUAUGACGCACUACUCCUUGAGAUUGAUAGGCGUGCACAGCAUGAUGCAGCAGUGGAUGCAUUGAUGGAGCAAACACAGCGGCAGCUUGAGCAGCUGCAACAACAAGAGAUGGCAGAGCGUGCUGCGUUCCUCUCCAUGCAUGGCGCAUCGCUGCCUGAGGAUAUCUGGCAUGGAAUCAGGGAUUCGCCUGCUGGGUGGGUGAUGCAGCGUGAACAGGAUGCACAGACCACGCCAGUUUUGUCACAGAGUGUGCUGCAGGCUGCCAGAUCGCGACAUGCCCAGUGGAGCCAGUCUCGGUGAUGUUGCGGUUGUGUCUCCUGCCUGUUCCCUGGCGAUGACCUCCUGAAACACGACAAAGUCGCAGUCAACAGUCGCCCGCAAGCAAGCAACAAGCUACAGCGAGUGUGUGUUUGUCCACUGCGCUCUCUCCCUUU